UUUGUCAGCCAUUUCCUACACUGAUCCAUUGCCAGCGUCUCUGCACAGCACAGGACGCCCCGUCUGGCCUCAGCUUCAUCUGCCCGGGCUUGGUAAACAGCAGCGGAUCUUGCACACACGGUCCCCGGGGUGGAUGAGAGACAGUCUAGCGGGUCGGUCGGCACCCACUAGACCUCUGGAAGGCGCUUGGCCCCGCAGCACAGACGCGGCACAAGUCACAGACAGACAUGGCUUUGAAGAUUGUCAAAGGGAGCAUCGAUCGGAUGUUCGAUAAAAACCUUCAGGAUUUAGUACGUGGCAUUAGGAAUCACAAGGAAGAUGAGGCCAAGUACAUCUCCACAUGCAUCGAUGAGAUCAAACAGGAGCUCAAGCAGGACAACAUCGCUGUCAAAGCCAAUGCUGUGUGCAAGCUCACCUACCUUCAGAUGCUGGGCUAUGAUGUCAGCUGGGCCGCUUUCAACAUCGUUGAAGUCAUGAGCUCCUCCAAGUUCACAUACAAGAGGAUUGGCUACCUGGCAGCCUCGCAGUGCUUUCAUGAGAGCACUGAUGUCAUCAUGUUGACAACCAAUCAGAUCCGAAAGGAUCUCAGCAGUCCCAACCAGUAUGACACAGGUGUAGCCCUUACUGGCCUCUCUUGUUUUGUGACCCCUGACCUGGCUCGGGACCUGGCCAAUGACAUCAUGACACUGAUGUCCCACACUAAACCUUACAUCAGAAAGAAAGCGGUGUUGAUCAUGUACAAGGUGUUCCUGAAGUACCCAGAGUCCCUGCGCCCAGCUUUCCCCAGGCUCAAGGAGAAACUGGAGGACCCAGACCCAGGUGUCCAGUCUGCAGCAGUAAAUGUUAUCUGUGAGCUGGCACGGAGAAAUCCCAAGAACUACCUGUCUCUGGCCCCACUCUUCUUCAAACUCAUGACCUCCUCUACUAAUAACUGGGUUCUCAUUAAGAUCAUCAAACUGUUUGGUGCACUCACACCACUGGAGCCACGGUUGGGAAAGAAGCUGAUCGAGCCUCUGACAAACCUAAUCCACAGUACCUCUGCCAUGUCUCUGCUGUAUGAAUGUGUCAACACUGUAAUUGCAGUGUUGAUUUCCUUGUCCUCUGGGAUGCCUAACCACAGUGCUAGUAUCCAGCUCUGUGUGCAGAAACUGCGAAUCCUGAUAGAAGACUCGGACCAGAACUUGAAGUACCUGGGCCUGCUAGCAAUGUCAAAGAUCCUGAAGACCCACCCCAAGUCAGUGCAGUCUCAUAAGGACCUCAUCCUCCAGUGUCUGGAUGACAAGGAUGAGUCCAUCCGCCUGAGAGCUCUGGACCUGCUCUAUGGCAUGGUAUCCAAAAAGAACCUGAUGGAGAUUGUAAAGAAGCUGAUGCUCCACGUGGACAAAGCCGAAGGAACCACCUACAGAGAUGAGUUGCUCACCAAGAUCAUUGACAUCUGCAGCCAGAGCAACUACCAGUACAUCACCAACUUUGAAUGGUACAUCAGCAUUCUGGUGGAGCUGACCCGAUUAGAGGGCACACGGCAUGGCCACCUCAUUGCCUCUCAGAUGCUGGAUGUGGCAAUUCGGGUCAGAGCCAUCCGGGUCUUUGCUGUUGCCCAGAUGGCCACCCUGCUUGACAACGCUCACCUGUUGACAGGCAACAUGCAGCGAAUGGGCAUCUGUGAAGUGUUGUAUGCUGCAGCCUGGAUCUGCGGUGAAUUCUCGGAACACCUGGAGAACCCGAUGCAGACGUUAGAGGCCAUGCUGCGGCCUAAGGUGGCCACCCUACCAGGCCACAUCCAGGCAGUGUACGUGCAGAACGCAGCCAAGCUGUUUGCCACUGUGCUGAAGAACCAGGAGGGAAACACGGACAGCACAGCAGCACAGGAAACCAGCCAGCUAAUGAUAGACAGGCUGCCGCUGUUUGUCCAGAGCGCCAACCUGGAGGUGCAGGAAAGGGCGUCUUGCAUCCUGCAGCUGGUCAAGUACAUCCAGAAACUGCAACAGAAGGACGUAGAAGUAGCAGAGGAAGUAUGUGCUCUGUUUGCUGGAGAACUCAACCCUGUAGCCCCCAAGGCACAGAAGAAAGUGCCUGUUCCUGAAGGUCUGGACUUGGAUGCCUGGAUCAACGAACCUCCAUCAGAGAGCGAGUCUGAGGAUGAGCAGCCUAAGGCUAUUUUUGCCAAGGAGGAACCCAAACACUCCCGCCCUCGUCACACAGAGGUGGACGAGAAGGAGCUGGCAAGAAGGAGAGAAGCCAGAAAGCAGGAGCAAGCCAACAAUCCGUUCUACAUCAAGGCAUCCCCGUCCUCUCAGAAGGCGUACCAGGAAGCCCCUGGAGUGGAGCACAUCCCAGUCGUGCAGAUUGACCUCAGUGUGCCUCUCAAAGUCCCAGACAUUGCUGUCUUCCGUCCCGCAGGUCUGCCCAUGUCUGACCAGUAUGUGAAACUGGAAGAGGAGCGUCGGCAGAAAGAGAGAGCGGACAAGAAGAAGAAGGAGAAGAAGAAGAGGAAAGAAAAGCGCAGCGGGCGAGGAAGGAAACAUGAUUCAGGACCAGAGAGCGAGGAGGACAUCACGCCUGCCCACAUGGUUGACAUUGUUACCGAGGAGAUGCCAGAGAAUGCCUUACCCAGUGAUGAUGAUGACAAAGAUCCCAACGACCCUCAUAAAGCCCUGGACAUCGACCUGGACAACUUGUUGGAAGCGGCUGGGCGCAGGCCACUUGCGGACAGUGAGAAGCUACCGGUCAGGGCACACCGUGCAGCAGAGGCUCCAAAAAGCCCGGCAGAAGAUGGAGAAGCAGAGAAUGCUGCUUCACAGGAGCCCAAGAAGAAGAGCAGCAAAGAAAAGAGAGAGAAGAAGAAGGAUAAAGAUAGGGACAGAAAGAAGAGCAAAGAAGAGAAGAAGAAGAAGAAACACAAACAUGAAGAAAAGGGGGAGGAUCUCCUUGGGGGUCAGGCAGACGAGCCUGUGGUCCAGUCAGAAGAAACCAAUGAGGUGGCUGCACUGCCCACCUCCACCAGUGCCGAGGUUUCGGAUCUGGAUUUCUGGCUCUCAAACGCUCCAGUGCCCUCUAACACCCAGGAAGCAGCAACGGUAGCAGAAGCAGCCCCCGUGCCUGAGGCAGCCUCUGGCACGGCGCCAGACUCCGAGCCCGAGGAGCCCAAAGACACCGAGAUGGAGGAGACUAAGUCCUCCAAACACAAGAAGAAGAAGCAGAAAAAGGAGAAGGAAGAGAAGGAGAAGAAAAAGAAGAAGAAGCAUCAUCACCAUCAUCACCACAGUGAUGGAGGUGGAGAGGAGUCGGUGCAGAAUGGCACUGUGGAGGAAGAAGAGCCUCUACCGCCCAUGUCCAAUUACUGCCUGCUGGCUGAGAACUCCUACAUCAAGAUGAUGAUGGAGGAUGCUGAUGAGGUGUACGACAUCCAGGGAAACCUGCAGGAUGGCAGUCAGGUGGUGGUGUCUGUUAUAUUUGAAAACAAGUGUGACAGCUUCCUCAAAUCCAUGGAGUUUAACGUCCUGGACUCUCUCAACUCCAAGCUGCAGAGACCAGAGGGGUCGGGUCCACAUGAUGGCCUCACCGUCCCCUUCCAACUUCCACCUGGGGUUUCCAAUGAGGCGCGAUUUGUCUUCACUGUGCAGAGCAUCGUGAUGCCACAGAAACUGAAGGGAACCCUCACUUUCAUAGUAAAGAAUGAGGAUUCCUCUACUCAUGAGAAACUGGACUUCAAACUGCACUUUACCUGCACCUCCUACCUAAUCACUACUCCUUGCUACAGUGAUGCGUUUGCAAAGCUGCUCGAGUCGGGCGACCUGAAGUGCAGCUCUGUCAGACUGGAGGGAGUCAUCAUGCCCUUCCACCACCUACUGGCCAGGAUCUGCUUCCACCACCAUUUCUCUGUUGUGGAGAGGAUCGACUCCUGUGCCUCCAUGUACAGCAGGUCUAUCCAGGGUCACCAUGUUUGUCUGCUGGUCAAAACUUCUGGUCAAACAGUGUCCAUUGAUGCUAAAUGUGACGAGCCGACGCUGCUUGGGAAUGUGCUGGAUGAGAUCAAGCAGACCUUCUCUCAGUGCUGAUUGUGUCCGACAGUCCCAGGGUGCCCUCGACCCCUCCAUGCCACCCCCCCUUCUCUCACUCGCUGAAACACAACAUAAUCAUGUUACGAAAACACUGCGGCCGGCACUUCCAGUAUCGCCCUAUUUAUUAGUCCUCAGAUUCGCAAGAUUUCUUUCCCCUUACCGUCUUCUUCUUCACACUCUGUCGUUCCUUCCGCACUCCGAUCUCUGUGGUCACUCCCCAACACUUGAUGUUGUUUUACAGACUCACUGUGUACAUGCUCCGUCUUCUCUGCAGUGCGAUUUAAUUUUUACUUCCUGGUUUUCUAAGCCAAACUGCUCACCGUGUUCCUCCCUGACUCUGACUCUAUACUGAGCUCCUGUUUCUGGAUGCUCUGCACCCUCUACUCUCUCCUGUGUACCUCUUUGCCCUCCACUCUGUCGGCAAUUCAGUUUGUGACAGUCAUGUAAUGUAAUGUUGACAACUGGACUUUUGCUGUUGAUGGUUGAAUUGUGUUUUUACCGUGUUGAAGGUUUUUUUGUCUUUGGUUUGUUUUUGUUUGUUGUUUUGUCUCUUUUUUUUUUUUUUUGUCUGAAGCCUGUCUGCGCCUUUGUCUCUCCCCCUUCUUUCUGCUCACUAAACAUCAAUGUGCGUAUUGCUCCUCUGUUGUAGGCCUGGAAAAAAACAUUUGAUUGACUGUUUCUCAGAAUGGUCCGAGCUGGAAAAAUAGGGACGCUAACCUCCUCACCCACCACUGACCUGGGCCUGGAGAAGACCAGACACUGAGCAACUGCAGUGGUAAUAGUGCAGAGAUGAAAACAAAGCUGCACAUAAGGCAUGGGUUUAAACUUCUUUGUUGGCCCUACUUGCCUUUUGGCCAGAUCUGUUAGCGUAAGUUCAACAGAAUCCUUGUGUGGCACUGCGGGCGAUUUGUAGAUCAGUGGUUAUGCUCUGUGCCUUAGCCGUGCAGUCUGACCUACUCCAGUGUAUCAUGCUAUAUGUCUGCUCCCUCGUCAACUGUGCUAAGCUGCAGUUUGACACCCCCCCCCCCAAAGAACUUCCAACAUAUCAUUCUUUUCACAAAUCAAAGAAUAAUUCAAAGACAGGAGAGUAUGAAAGUGAUUAGAUGGAACUCUGGCACUAGAGUUGAAGUGUACUCGGGACAGUUUGCUGUCAGGCACCUUUAUCAGCGCCCUCUUCAACUCACAGAUGGUUUGGUUAGUUGUAUAGAAGAUGUUAUAUUAUUGUAAUACACAGAAGGAUACUAUUAUUUCUAUGAAAACGCUAUGGUGCUUAGGGCCCUUAUGUGUCUCACCACAUGGUGAAGUUAGUGACAGAAUAAUCUGACAUUAAGAGAGCUGUUACAUCGCUGUCCCUUUUUUCUGAAAAAUCCAAAGUAUGACUGGCUGAGGGAUGACAAAGUUACACUAUCAACCUGUCUUUAUUCUUAAAAGCAGCUGCAUAUCAGGUUGCUGAAGUUGUUCUCUCUGUAAGCAGAGACUGUAAGUGGUUUUAGGUUCUCUUUCAAUCAGUAUUAGGCGACAUGGCUUCCACUGUAAGGAAGCUUCCACUCUGUCAACAGCAGAAUGCAGUUUUGUCUGUCUUCAUGUGAAAUCAUGUGAAACCUUUUACGCCUGUGCCACUUUGACAUUUGCAUCACAGUAGCUGCACCCGAGCUGGGCGACACCCAGCUGGCGUGCACCCAGAUAAACCCCAAUGUUCCUUUCCCCUUCAGAAACUGCCUUGCCACUUUUUUUAUUUUUGUUCAUUGACAUGUUAUGAUGAACACGAAUGGCCAUUUAAAAAAAGAAGAAAAGGAGAAAAAAAAAGGAAUGGCCGCCUCUUAGAACUCUCUCAGAGGUACUUGAUGUUUUAGUUUGUGUCAUUCAUGUCUUAAAGUCACUACCCGGUCCAACACGACUUAACCUAGUAGUAGCAAGAUAAAAACCGACUCGGGUGCGUGUCUGAUCAUAUUUCCUGGUAAGGCCCUCUUCGCAUCUGUCUGCUAUUGUAGAUAACAACUAUGAUAAUGAUGUCUGUGACCUGAAGACCAGGUCAGCCAUUCCAUGAGAUUCUGUGUCCAUUAGUAGAGUCUGAAUACAGAGGUGAUCAGCUGUAUUUCAGGAAUGUCAAUAGAAAAUAAGUAUGUAUGUAUUUCCUGGUCCUGAAAAUGACUGAUAUAAGUGAAACUGAAAAAAACACCCUCCCCUAAUCAUACAUUGUCCUAAUUCUGAUCUUUUUUUUUUUCCUGUGCAUAAUAUUUCAUUAAAAUUUGUAUAUUGCAUGAUUAGGAAUGUACACUUUUUAUUUCCCUUAAUUUUCUGUUCCAUUGACCUGCUUACACAAACAAAAACUUGUCAUUCCAUUUUGUCCUUUUUCUUUAUUGUUUUUUUUUUUUUUAUGAGGUUUACUUGACCAUUCUCUAUUUUUGAUGGUAUUGUGUUUUUAUCUAUUCUAAGUUCAGACAAUUAAAAAAAAAAAAAAAGAAGUGAUAUCUUUGAAUGUUUUAAAUUAUUAAACACAAGAGGAAGGAAGGGGGUUCUAUUUGGCAUCAUGAUACUGAGGGCAUGGUACUCCAAAUGUUGAGUAGAACAGACCACGUGAAGCAGUGUACUGAGAGGCAACCCACUCUGUCUUAAUUCUCUAUUGGUUCAGUUGUAGUGAGUUAUUUUACCAAGUUUGGCUUGUGACAUUGAAAUAUACUCUCAUAUGACUCUGAUUUCUGAAGGUUCUGUCUUUUUAUUUCUCCAUAUUCAAUUAUCAAGCUGUACAAUGUAAAAUGUUUUAAAGGGGACAACAUAAAUUAUCUACAUUCCCUUUAAAGAAAGUCCACCCAAAUUAAAAAUAAAGGCUGUAAGAAGCUACUGUA